CCAAUAUAAAUUAACUCAACCUAGCUCGGGUUUUCUUUCAUCUUCCCGCUGCUGCCGUGUCUCUCAUUGCUCUUCUGUGCCGCCAGGAGAAGCUAAAGAGAAGGUGGAGAGAGUGUGACAAUGGCGUACGGGAUGAAGCCUACCAAACCGGGUUUGGAGGAACCCCAAGAGCAGAUUCACAAGAUUAGGAUUACUCUGUCCUCCAAGCACGUGAAAAAUCUUGAGAAAGUUUGCGCGGACUUAGUUCGUGGUGCCAAGGACAAGAGGCUUAGGGUCAAGGGACCUGUGAGGAUGCCCACUAAAGUUCUUCACAUCACCACUAGGAAAUCUCCAUGUGGUGAAGGCACCAACACCUGGGAUCGCUUUGAGCUCAGGGUGCACAAAAGAGUGAUUGACCUCUACAGCUCCCCCGAUGUGGUUAAGCAGAUCACUUCCAUCACUAUUGAACCCGGUGUGGAGGUUGAGGUCACGAUUGCCGAUGCUUGAUCUGUCUAAAACUUUACAUUUUUGUUCUGCAUCUUUCCCUGUUGUAGUUUAAAUUUUUGGAAUUUGAUCUGUGGUAGAGGAACUGAGUUGUCUGUUUUCUAGUUCUAUGAUUGUUGACAUAUAAAAGGUAUCAAAAUAUUUGAGUUUAUAUUCUACUGUCAUUUGAACGGAGUUCAUAUCUUGUGUAUCAUUUAGUACCGGGGAUUUUUCAACUCCUAGAAAAUGACCCAGAAUGAUGCAAAAAUAUGCCCCGUGACUGAGAUUAGGACUAA